AUGCAAAGUUCCACCAUCUCUGAAAGAAAUUUGCAGGGGACGUGGCCAAUGGACCGACCAUCCAGUUCUUCCAAUAUGUUACGUCGCGAGAGCUCCUACUGCCUAACAUCUACAAUGAAAAAGCAAAUUCGUUACCUGGUCGGAGAGCUGGCGGCGGUGGAGAUCGGAGAUCGGAGAGCUGAGUCGACAAGGAUGAUGGCGGUAGAGAUCGAAGAGCUCCGCACGGUGGCUAGAGAGAAGAAGAUGGGAGAUGGAGAAGAAAUUGUGAUUGGAGGCGUCUUCUGUGAAUCGUAUCCAAACGGAGAUGGCAGCGAUAAGGAGGGAGAUGGCAGCGACAGGAGCUGUUCGAUGGAGGCGAUGGAGGAGGCGUGA